AUGGACCCAGAAAAACGAGUAGCGACUACGUGUACUCAGCUUCUCCACUAUCUCGACGUCUUCAACGUCCCCGUCUUCAACGUCCCCGUCUUCUUCUCUGCAGUUUAUAGACUAGAAUUGGAGAAGACAGUAAGAAGCAGGCAAGCAGAAAAUGGCAAUUCCAUUAUCAAAUUUCUUAAGAGCUCUCUUCUUAGUAAUGGGAUGUUUAAUGGUGGGUACUCUCGUAGCGUCUACACAAUCUACGUCGAUGGCUUCCCAUUUCGCAGAGACCUCCUCACCCCGUGGAUGAUUGCUACUUUAGUUGAUUUCUACAUCAACGUUAUAGCUGUAGCGGCUUGGAUUUCCUACAAAGAAUCGAACUUUCUUACUGCAACAAUUUGGAUACUUCUGCUAAUAUGCUUUGGCAGUAUUACAACGUGUGUAUACAUUUUUAUCCAAUUUCUCAAGUUGUCACCUAAAGAAUCUUUGCAAGACCCGGUGUAUCGUGUACUAUUGCGGCAUGAAAGCAAGGGCGUGGAACAAAAGAUGAAGCAAUCUGCUGUCAUGAGUGCAAGGAUUGCUUUCAGUGUUCUGGGUUUUCUGAUGUUGGGAACUUUGAUUUACACUCUACUAACUGAUGGUUCUCCUUUUCGCAAAGAGCUUCUUACUCCGUGGGUGGUUGCAACACUAAUUGACUUCUAUAUCAAUGUUGUGGCUCUUUCGGUUUGGGUUGCCUACAAGGAAUCGAGUUUGAUCAGUGGAUUCUUAUGGAUAUUGUUAUUGAUAUGCUUUGGGAGCAUGACUACUUGCGCCUACGUUGUCAAACAGCUGGUGCAGCUGACUUCUCAAGAUCCAGUUUACCUAAUCUUAUUUAACAGAGGCAACAGGGCAGAGAACAGGUAUGAGAGAACGUAACAGUCAUACACAUGACAGGAGUUGAUGAACAUGAAGUUUAUAGGCUAUUCUGGUAUAAACUAUAUAUUACACAUUUCUGACAGAGAGUGUUUACAAGUUCCUUCUCACUGUAAAAAUUCUCAGUAUUCAUGCUGUUUCAGCAUGCAUAAUGCAAACAAUUGUUGUAUAUAUUGAUCAAUUGAAUCCUGAUUGUUUAUAGCUGUA